AUGAAUACGACGGAGCUGCUCGACCUUUUGAACUCGAGCGUGGACCUGAACUCGCUGAACUUCGGCACCGAGCUGGACAUCCUCUUUCAGCCGGAAGUGGUUCUGAUAGCGCUCUACGUCCCGCUCAUAUUGCUAUCGCUCAUCACCAACGUGUUGCUGAUAGUCGUCGCCGUCAAGUGCAAGUACACGAAAAGCGUCACAAACAUCUUCUUGGUGAACCUGUCUGCCGCCGACCUGCUAGUGACUGGUGUGUGCAUGCCCAUCCAGCUGAGCAAAGCCAUCACGCUCGUCUGGUACUACGGAGAGACGGUCUGCAAGAUCGUUAACUACAUACAGGGUGUUGCAGUGGCGGCCAGCGUGUUCACCCUCACGGCGAUGUCUGUGGACCGAUGGCUCUCCAUAGCACCGGAGCCCAGACUACGCCCUCCGGGUCGGAAGCAAGCGCUGAUGCUCCUCUGCCUCAUCUGGGUGCUGGCUGCAUUUAUCUUUAUUCCACUUCUCUCGGUCGCAUCCGUCAGAAAGGAAGCCGUGCCUGUUAUAUCGCAGACCUAUCUUAACAUAUCGAUAGAAACGAGAGAGGUCCACUUCUGCACGGAGGAAUGGCCCAGCUCGGUGUCCAGGAAGAGGUUUGGAACCUUCAGCUUCCUUCUGGUGUACGCUGUUCCAGGAUCGAUCACGAUAUUGUCUUACGCCUGUAUGGGUCGCACUCUCUGCUCGGUGAGACCACCGUUCGACAUUGACGAGGGAAAUGCCAGUAUGCAGCAGGGCCUUAGACUAAUGAAGGAGAGGAAGCGGGUGGCGUGGAUCUUGCUGUUGUUAGCUGUACUGUUCGCUCUGUGUUGGCUGCCGUACAACAUUCUGCAACUGUUGUUGGAUAUAAAUCUUCUUGAGACGAGGGAUUUGAGCGUGUAUCUACCGUACGCGCUCUUCAUUGGUCACGCGAACUCCGCCAUCAAUCCAGUCGUGUAUUGCUUGAUGACGCGCAACUUCCAACGGUCUGUGAGGAAGAUGGUUUGCGGUCGAGGCGUUUGUCAACAGACUAAAUUCACGUGGCGAUGUACGCGGAAGCCGGAGGGGUCCUCCAGCGACUACGAAUUGUAUCAUGAACCUCAUAAAAGGUGUUAUUUACAGAUGAAUUCGCUACGCUACAACGGCCAGGCGCUGCGCGGAGGCAGAUGUGGCGAUGCGGCUCAGUGCGCGCGAGUGGAGCCCCGCGCGAACACAAACACACAGCUAAGCAACGUCACGCGAUCGUCGCGUCGGACCGCGCCAGCGCACGCUCUGUCCCUAGAAAUGCUUCAACGUCACGGCCAUUUAGACUUACAGUGA